AAGGCAAAGGCAAAGGCAACAUGGUUCGGGUGGAAGAUGAAGGAAUAGUGGGCUUGGAUCGUCCUGAGCAGGCUAGUCUUAGGCCUGCACCCACUGGCCUUGAAGGCGAGGGCACUUUGCAAGAUGCUGUAAGAGAUCUCAUAACAUCGUACCACGACCUCAAUCCUUCCACCAUCGACGUCCUGGAUGAAGAACCCUCACCUCUACAAUUCAUGCGCUAUGUCGCGCGCAACCGGCCCUUCGUCCUGCGCAAUGGCGCCGCCACCUUCCCAGCACGCAGGAAAUGGAGCGCUCAGUAUCUCAAGGACGUGAUGCGCGGCCAAACCGUAAACGUCGCCAUGACGCCCCACGGCAACGCCGACUCGGUCGUCCAACUCCCCUCUGGAGCAGGCUCCGUCUUCGUCAAGCCGUAUGAAACAGAAUCGCUGUUCGAGGACGUUUUGGACACAAUCCAGGCUCAAGAAAAACACGGCACAGCCUACGCUGGCCCAACACUCUACGCGCAAACCCAAAACGACAAUCUGCGCAACGAGUAUGCGACGCUCUUCGCAGACGUGCCCACUUCCAUCCCAUUUGCGCGUAUAGCCCUCGAACAAGAACCAGACGCCAUCAAUUUCUGGCUGGGAAACUCGCACUCGACCACCGCACUGCACAAGGACAACUACGAAAAUAUCUAUGUCCAGAUCCUCGGGAAUAAGCAGUUUGUCCUCCUACCGCCCGUCGAGGCGCCUUGUGUGAAUGAAAAGGCCGUGCUGGCUGCGACGUAUCAGCCCAAGGCUAUGACGGCGGACCACGAAAUGACGCAUCUUGUUAUGGCGGUCGAUGAGCCGGAGGAAUACGUUCCGUUUGCAACGUGGGAUCCCGAUGAGCCGGCCGUCAAUGCAACGCCGUACUCGCGGCUGUCACAGCCUCUGCGCGUGACACUGCAAGAAGGCGAUAUGCUGUAUCUACCUGCGCUGUGGUACCACAAAGUGAGCCAGAGCUGCAGCGAAGAAGGCAUCUGUUGUGCGGUGAAUUACUGGUACGAUUUGGAUUUCAGCGGUGGAUUCUGGAGCACGGCGAAUUUUGUCAGAAGCACUGGAUUACUGUCUAUGCAAACGAGAGCAGAAGAUGGAAAAUAG